GAUGCGUUUUGUGAAAACAAUGCGAUAUUCUGUUUUAGAAGCUGGCUCAGCCUGAUGCUGUGUAUGCUGUCCAUGCUAUGGGGCAUGUAUUUUCGACACACAGAAGCUCAAGUCACUCCACACAUUUUAAAGUGGCGGCCCAGUGUUCAAGACCUAGGACCAGAUGUUGACAAAAAUGAUUCAACAGUUGCAAAUUUUCUUCAGAGGGAAGCCACUUCCAACAGAGAUUUUAGUUUGUCCGUUAUCGCCACUGACCUUGUUGCAGAGCAGGAAACUGAGCUAAGAGAGUUCAUCUUCAAGAGGCUAUCAAGAGGAACUGUGUAUGGAGGCAGUGGUAAUGUCAACACUGUAGAUAUCAGCAAUGAUGUUUUGUCCUGUUACUACUACCUCCUGAGACAACAAACCAUUCCUGAAUCGGACUUGGACCCUGAUGAUCCACCCAGUACAUUCUACACAUCCAUUGAAUAUGUCAUCUGUUUCCUAAUGGGAACAAGCGCUGCUCUGGAACUAUUCAGACCUGAGUUAGAUGCCUAUAGCGAAGGCCUUCUUGCUGUCUUGGAUUCUGAGGCUAAGGAGUUGACAAAGAUACAAAGCUACUUGGCGAGAUGGUAUCAACAAGCUGCAGAAUAUGUGUGCCGGUGUACAGACAGAUUCCAAGAAGAUCUCUCAUUACUUAUACACACGGCACUACUGGAUGACAAGCUGAAUUUCCUUGGAGGAGAUGAAGAAGUGGUAUCAGAUGUUAUGAAAUUUGUACAAGUGUGUAGCUUAUCAGACCUUCUCCAACACAUGAGCGACAGUGAUUCCAAUUCUCAAGGCACCACUUCAUCAGAACCAACAUUGAUUGAUCUGGAUGCCAGUGCCAGUGUGUCACAUCAGUCUGAUGGAAAGACGGUUUCUAACUCACUACGUCUUGUCCAGCUAGUGUUUGAUGGAGACACACAACAAUUUCAAAAUGCUGAGAGCAGUCCAUUUUGUGAAGAGUGGACACGGCUAUUGCUGACAAGCAACAGGGAGAACCCAGCCAAUCUGAGGCAGAUUAUUGAAGACUGUAAGCUGCGCACGAUUCAAGACUUGAAUACCCUCAAACGUCUUGUCAGACAAGCAGAAUCUGACCACUACGCCCUCUAUAGAGCCUUUGCCUUCCUACGGGAUUGUGGGAAUGGUGGUGUUCUCUUACGCCACAUCUGGAAAGAUGAGAACACAAUCACAUCUCAGGAUACACAGAGUGUCCUGCAUGUGUUAGAGGAAUUCAUCUCUAGUAAUGGCACCCUUGCUAGGGCGUGAGUGGUACAUCAUGGCAUGCUGGCCAUUGCACAGCUCGACACUGAAGAGGUCUGCUAACCUUUCUUACUCUUUAUGAUCAACGAGGCUGCACCUUGCAGGCUUCACAGGGGAGGAAGCUUUGCUCCCUGUUGCCGGCUUCAUGGGCGUGUUACCCACUUUAUGGGCAUGUCGCCCGCUUUGUGGGAGAGUCAUGGAAUGACAUCAUCAAGCACACACUAGUGGACAACUUAGUUCAGCAUAGAACAAAAUCUAUUAGAAAAUUUGCUUCUCUCUUACUUUUUUUGCACAAUAUUAGUCUAACAAGAGACAUUCCAAUGUAAAUUCACGAAUACAAGUUUUAAUGAGUAAAUCAGUCUAGCUGUGAAGUCAUUUCAAAUUGUCAUUGUAUUAUUGGAAAGUUAAAAAGUGAUGUAUAAAUAUAAUUUGCAUAACAGACCAUAUAUUUCUACCAAUAGUAGUAUUCAUUGUUUUGCAGAUCACAUAGUUUUUUGUAGUAGUUGAAACCAUUAGCAAAUCAACAAGUUUUCCAAACAGCAAUAAGCAAGCCUUUCUCAACUGAGCAUGAAACACUAUCAAAUGUUUGACUACAUGGUAAAUAAAAAAGUGUUAUAUGAAAAAUUGCAAUGGUAUGAAAAUUUGCCAUGACAGGACCAAAAAAAACAUUUUUAUUGUAACACUGUAUCAGACAAAGGGCGUGUACAUGUAUAUAUGUAUGUAUAAUUUAUUUAGAUUCCUAGUGAAUAUAAUGCACAUAUAUUAUAUUUGCCUUUCAAAUUCUAGAUCAUAGGAUCAUUCAUGAUCUUAUGAAUGAGCAGCCUUGAAAAAAAAUAGAACGAACUUGAAUUUGAAAUGCAUGUGAUGAAACAUAGUGGGCUUAGAAAUAAUAAAUGAGUUUCAACGCAGUUGGAUAGGUUUUCCAUGGAACUUAAUUCAAAUCAUGCGAAAAGAUAAGGUUUUGUUCAGUGACAAAUGAUUUCAAAACGAAAUGGUUUGUUUGGGAAUUUAUAAUAAACUACUACAAUGACUUGUGACUAAGUUAAAUUUAAAUGUUGGUCUUAAGAAUGCAGUGUUUACAUUGGAAUUGUGCAAAACCUAUUCCAGUUAAAGGGGGUUCCGAUGGUGAAUGACCGUAAUCAUAUUUUGUUCAUCAUGUGAUUUGUUUUAUCCAAUUUUACAACAGCUAAACAAAGCCGAGUAUUCAUUGGAUUACUGCUGCAAUAAAUUACUUAUUGAUGAAACAUGGCAAAGUCCCGAA